CGCGAGAGUGAGUGACCCGUUUUUUUUGUUGUUGCUAAGUUGUUUAUAAAACAGUUGAGCUGCAAGUGCGUACACCUGUUUGUGCAACAGCCAACCUGUCCAGGGAUUUUAACCUCAACACAUUUAUAGUGUCGGAUUAUCGUCUGCAAUCAACUGUGUAUCUACAUUUCUUACAGUAAAAUUAACCAAGUAAGUCUUAGUUCCCAAUAUCUACUGAACAAGUCUUUUGUUCACAGUAUUUACUAAAACUUAGUUCACAGUAUUUACCAAGUAAGUUUUUUGUUAACAGUAUUUAAACCAGUAAGUAUUUUGUUCACUGUAUUUACUAAGAUUUAGUUCACAGCAUUUACCCAGUAAGUAUUUUGUUCGCAGUAUUUACCCAGUAAGUAUUUUGUUCGUAGUAUUUACCCAAUAAGUUUUUUUUUAACAGUAUUUAAACCAGUAAGCAUUUUGUUCACAGUAUUUACUAAGAUUUAGUUCACAGUAUUUACCAAGUAAUACAAAAUACACGUUUUUGAGUACAUUCUUACACUUUAUAAAUAUUGAUUUGGUACACUCAUAUACUCAUUAACUUUAAGUUUAUUUAUUUAUUACUUGUUGACAGUUAACGACCCAACCUUGUUUAUGUAAGGGGCCCAGCCUGUUUAUAUGAAAGGCACCGCCUGCUUUAUGUGAAGGAUCCAACCUAUCCAAUGUCAAAGCAUCAACCUAUCCAAUGUCAAAGCAUCAACCUAUCCAAUGUCAAAGCAUCAACAUCAUUACUGUCAAACUUUUUGUGGGGAGAACAUAAUGCAAAACGCUGACUGGUUUUUUUUUUUUCCAAACAGAUCAGGCGUCCUCAAACUUUUUCAUCAGGGGGCGGUUCCCUGUCCUGUGAUACUGUUGAGGGCCGGGCUAUAGCUUGAAUAAAAUAUGAAGGGAUUACUGUGCAUACAUCACGUGACUUACUGUGCAUACAUCACGCGGCUUACUGUGCGUACAUCACGCGACUUACUGUGCGUACAUCAUGCGGCUUACUGUGCGUACAUCAUGCGGCUUACUGUGCAUACAUCACGUGACUUACUGUGCAUACAUCACGCGGCUUACUGUGCGUACAUCAUGCGGCUUACUGUGCAUACAUCAUGCGGCUUACUGUGCAUACAUCAUGCGGCUUACUGUGCAUACAUCAUGCGGCUUACUGUGCAUACAUCAUGCGGCUUACUGUGCAUACAUCAUGCGGCUUACUGUGCAUACAUCAUGCGGCUUACUGUGCAUACAUCAUGCGGCUUACUGUGCAUACAUCAUGCGGCUUACUGUGCAUACAUCAUGCGGCUUACUGUGCAUACAUCAUGCGGCUUACUGUGCAUACAUCAUGCGGCUUACUGUGCAUACAUCAUGCGGCUUACUGUGCAUACAUCAUGCGGCUUACUGUGCAUACAUCAUGCGGCUUACUGUGCAUACAUCAUGCGGCUUACUGUGCGUACAUCAUGCGGCUUACUGUGCAUACAUCAUGCGGCUUACUGUGCAUACAUCAUGCGGCUUACUGUGCAUACAUCAUGCGGCUUACUGUGCAUACAUCACGCGACUUACUGUGCAUACAUCAUGUGGUUACUGUGCAUACAUCACGCGACUUACUGUGCAUACAUCACGCGGCUUACUGUGCAUACAUCACGCGACUUACUGUGCAUACAUCAUGCGGUUACUGUGCAUACAUCAUGCGGUUACUGUGCAUACAUCAUAUGGUUACUGUGCAUACAUCACGCGACUUAAUGUGCAUACCGCGCGCAUCUGAUCUGUAGUGGGGGAAAAACAGGGACUAAAAAUAACAUAAAAAUAAAGCAGUGAUUUUAAUGAAAAUAAAGUUUAUAUUGAUCAUAGUAUUUCAAUGGGAACUAUGGGUCUGUAUUCAUAGUAUAACAAUGGGAAGUAUGGGUCUGUAUUCAUAGUAUUUCAAUGGGAACUAUGGGUCUGUAUUCAUAGUAUAACAAUGGGAACUAUGGAUCUGUAAUCAUAGUAUAACAAUGGGAAGUAUGGGUCUGUAAUCAUAGUAUAACAAUGGGAACUAUGAGUCUGUAAUCAUAGUAUAACAAUGGGAACUAUGGGUCUGUAAUCAUAGUAUAACAAUGGGAACUAUGAGUCUGUAUUCAUAGUAUAACAAUGGGAAGUAUGGGUCUGCUUUUGGCUUAAUUGAAGAAUGCUUAGUCUCAUAUUUACUGUCACUACCUACUGUUUACCCAUAUUUACUGUAAAUUCUUACCGCCCCCCGUACGGCGACCAGGCGUGUUUGGUCAGGGACCUCUGGUGGGCCGGAUCUGUUACAAACUUCUAAAAAAAAAAUUAAUAAUACACAGAGGUGCACCACACCAUGGCAAAAUAGUGUGUUAUGAUCCUAAAUAACACAUUAUAAGUAACACUAUUUUAGUAUUCUCUGUCAGUUUCUAAAUGUACGACCUCUCCACUGUAUAAGACAGACAUGUUAUAUUCUACACGUAGACCUAAUGGCGUUGUAGUUGAAUUAGUUCAGGGGUAGCCCUUGCAUUUCCCACCCUACACCAGGGGUAGCCCUAUUAAACAGAUAAAAGUAUGGUUAGGCAAACACAGAGGGUGGCAUAGAAUUGUUUUUUCUCUGGAUGUUGUUGUUGGGUUUUUUUCUUCUUCAUAUUUGAGGGCCCCCAGGCUCCUGGUUUAAAUUCAGAGUUUCCUUCUCUUAGAUGAGUUGCCGUCGAAGGCUAACGAGUCCCAUCCACCCGGGGUGCUUGGGAUGUUGGUUUUAGUGGGGGGGGGGUUGAACUCCAGACCACGUUUUUUACAGAAAAAAUACACGUCCUACAUAUUGCAAUACAUCUUACACGUCCUACACAUUGUAAUACAGCUUACACGUCCUACACAUUGUAAUACAUCUUACACGUCCUACAUUUUUAGCACAUCUUACACGUCCUAAAUAUUGAAACACAUCUUUCACGUCCUCCACAUCUUACACGUUCUACACACCUUAAACGUCCCACAUCUUACACGUCCUACGCAUCUUACACGUCCUACACAUCUACACGUCCUACACAUCUUACACGUCCUACACAUCUUACACGUCCUACAUCUUACACUUCCUACACAUCGUACACGUCCUACACAUCUUAAAAGUCCCACAUCUUAUACGUCCCACAUCUUACACGUCCCACAUAUUACACGUCCUACAUCUUACACAUCCUACAUCUUACACGUCCAACAUCUUACACGUCCAACAUCUUACACGUCCAACAUCUUACACGUCCUACACAUCUUACACGUCCUACAAUCUUACACGUCCUACACAUCUUACACGUCCUACACAUCUUUCACAUCCUACAUCUUACACGUCCUACAUAUUACACGUCCAACAUCUUACACGUCCUACACAUCUUACACGUCCUGCACAUUUUACACGUCCUACACAUCUUACACGUCCUACACAUCUUACACGUCCUACACAUCUUACACAUCCUACAUCUUACACGUCCAACAUCUUACACGUCCUACACAUCUUACACGUCCUACACAUCUUACACGUCCUAUACAUCUUGCACGUCCUACAUUUUACAUGUCCUACACAUCUUAAGCGUCGUAACACAUCUUACACGUCAUAACACAUCUUACACGUCAUAACACAUCUUACACGUCAUAACACAUCUUACACGUCAUAACACAUCUUACACGUGGUAAGACAUCAUACAUAUCUUACUCGCCCUACACGUCAUCUUUACGAUGGUCUUGGCACAUUCAGUCCGUUUUCAGUUCGUAAAGUAGCAGUGGUAUUUUUUUUUUAAUGAGCUAUGAUUUUUAUUUGAUGUUUUGACAAUUUAUACUGUGUUAAAUCAUGUUCAAAGAUUUUGUUCAGAUAAUCAUUCAUUAUGUGUGCAAAUAUAAUCAUUAAUUUACUGUACAUAGAUUAUCAUUUUAAUUUGUGUACAGAUAAUCAUUUUAAAAAACUCUGCAGUAUGCUGAAAGUGCCACCCUUAAGUAAAAAGAAAAAUUGCCGCCCACGGGGGUACUUUUUUCUAUAUUUGGAGGGGCGGGAUUUUCGACCACCUGUGGAGUUUUUUCGUGGAAGGUGUGGCAAACAUCUAGGUUCCACCUUGGGUGGCACCUCCUACCAUUGCUAUGACAUUGGAUUUAUACACACAUUUGACAUCAAUUAUCUUUUAAUUCUGGCAGUCCAUAACAAAAAUAAUGUAUAUCUCUAAUAAAGGUAUUUGUUUGAAAACCAAAAAUCACGUCAAAUUUAGCAGAAAUGAUUUUACCGCUUCAUACAAUGAGGUCAUCUUAAUUGGGGCUUUUUUUAAAAUCAGUUUUUAAAAAAUCUAACACUCCCAAUCACUGUUAGAAGAGCUGAGAAAAACUUUUCGAAGCUUCUAUCCAUAAAAAGUGUCUAGACAAAUGUUUAAAAAAUGUUUGAAGUAAUUCAGGAUUUUCUUUCCGCGAAAGCACAAAAACCUUUUUAAAAAUACAUACGUAUUUUUUGAAAAGAGAUUCCUAACACUUUUACAACAGUUGCCAUUAAAUGAUGGAUUUUUUUUUUUUUUUUUUUUGCGGAGUAAUACUUUAAAAAAAAGAAAACUCCCCAGAAGCUAGGAACCCAUAUUUAUCUUGAGAUCAACUAUUAAAUUGAAAAAUAAAUAAAUCAUUAUUAAUAAUAAGCCCUUUACUUUACGCUAUUACAGAUUUGACAAUAAAUAAUCCAAGCUUUAGUUUUAGGCUAUUUGUAAAUUAUAAUUUUUCAUCAUUCGGAUUUGUACUAAAAAAUACAUAACAAAAUGUAGUUGUUUUCUUUGAACUAGUAAAACUAGAUGACUAGGCAACAUUUAUGGUUAAAGGGAGGCGGGGGGUAUUUGUCUAUAGCACAAAACCUGUUAAGGCCAGCACUGUCCCUCUCCUGCCCCCUCUCCCUACGCUCCUGGAUGUAUGGUCACAUCAGUUAACAUGAUAUGAUUUCGACACCUAAUCGACUGUGAGGAAAACUUUAGAGUGCAUCGCAAAUAGGUGUCAAGUUCUGGGAAAAAAAAAUAUUGGGAACUCACCUAAGGGUCCCCCCACCCCCCGAAAUAAAUACAAAUUUAUUUCGUUGAAGAAGAAAAAAAGGUAAUGCCGUUCCCAUGCGUUCCCCCUCCCAGGUAUUCGAGAUUUAAUAAUAAAAAUCAAAAACUCGUUUACCAAAAAAACAACUGUAUUCAACAUCCCUGUUUGAAACUGAAAAAGCAUUUAUAGAUAAAGAACAAGAUGAGAAUGUUUAACUCAAAUAUUUCGCUUUGUGGGUAAGCUGGCCGGUAAAAACAAGGCUACAUCUCUGCCAAAUAACAUUGCUGUAGAAGAGCUGCCAGACGCUCUAAAUGACUACUUUAUUGCAAAAGCUAAGAGGAUCAGAGCGAAACUUGACAGUUGCAUCGAUCCUGCUCCAGAAUUCUCACUCUUCAACGGCUCUCCUAUGGCUGAAUUUGUUGAGGUCAGGGAAUCGAAUGCGGGGAAAAUCCUGGCAAAUACCCCGAAAAAGUAAUGCUCAUUCGACCCUCUUCCAACAAGGCUGUUGUAUGAAUGUCUGGAUGAAAUAAUCCCCAUCAUCACUUUUAGCAUAAAUAAGUCCUUGACAACUGGUAUUGUUCCAUCAACUUUUAAAGAGGCAAUAGUAGCGCCACUGUAAAAGAAAGCACAUCUUGACCCAAAUGUGAUGGAAAAUUAUCGCCCCAUCUCAAAUCUACCAUUUAUAUACAAAAUCUUAGAAAAAGUCGUUCUCCGCCAACUACUGAAUCACCUCAUUCAAUGUGACUUGUUUGAACCAUUCCAGUCAGCAUACAGGGCGCAUCACUCUACUGAGACAGCGUCACAAACGACCCUCUGUCGUCUUGUGAUGAGGGCCAGGUAUCCAUUUUGUCUUUACUCGAUUUAUCGGCAGCUUUCGAUACGCUUGACCACGGCAUACUGCUCCAGCGUCUGCAAAAAACGUUCGAUCUAACAGAUACCGUCCUGAGAUGGUUUCACUCGUAUAUGACAAAUCGGGUCCAGUCAGUUAUUUCAAACGGCUUGACCUCGAAGCAAUCUAUAAUUGAAUUCGGAGUACCCCAGGGCUCGUUCAUAGACCCGAUGCUUUUCACUAUGUACGUUCAGCCACUGGGUGCAGUGAUCAAGCAAUUUCACAUGCUGUAUCACAUGUUCGUGGACGAUACACAACUUCAUCAAUCCGUGAUCCCCUCUCAGUCUCUCAACUUCUUAGUACGACGCAGAAGACAGUGGAGUCAGUUAAUCACUGGAUGACCUUAAACAAGCUCAAAUUGAAUGAUGAAAAGACUGAGCUGAUCCCCAUUGCCAUUGCUCAGAAAAAAAAAUCUGUGAAAAACACAAAAUCACCUACUCUCUCAGGUAUGCAGAUUGAGUUUGCUCAUACAGUGCGAGACCUGGAUGUCUAUUUAGACAGAACACUAACUAUGGAAAAUCAUAUUAACAUGCUUUGCAAGGCAAUUUUCCUAGAGCUGCUCAGGAUUAGUCAUAUAAGACCUUUCUUAACGUUAGAUGCAUCAAAGAGGCUGAUGUCUGCAUUUGUGUUAUCACGCAUGGACUACUGCAAUGCUCUCAUGGUGGGUUUCCCAGCUAAGCUCCUGGAUAAAAUUCAAAGAGCACAGAAUAAUGCGGCUCGCAUUGUUCUUCGCAAACGCAAAUUCGACCAUGCUAAAACAUUUCUGAGAGAGCUGCACUGGCUGCCGGUCCGCGCUCGCAUAGAGUACACAAUUGCAACUUUGUGCUACCGCUGCUUACAUGACCUGGCGCCAUCUUAUCUCAAAGCACUCAUGACGCCUUAUGUACCCACUAGAGAGCUCCGCUCAUCCGAUAGUGGCAAAAUAUCGAUACCGUGUGUUCGCCUUGAGACUUACGGAAAGCGCACUUUUGCAUUUGCCGGCCCAACAAUUUGGAACGCCCUUCCAGUCGCUCUUAGAAACAGCCAGACACUGGAGUCCUUUAAAACCGAUUUAAAAACACAUCUAUUUCGCAAAAAAUUUCUGGGGUGAUGCUAUCUAUCAUCUUUUUCCAUUUAAUGUAUAUUGGCUUGUGAUGCUUAUGGUUGAAACGGGAUGAAAGACUUUGACUGGGUAUGCUCGUAUGUAGUUUUAUAUUGUUGCGUCUGUUUUUUUAAAUGUGGUAAAUUUUAGAUUGUUUUUAUUUCUCUUUCUAAUAUGGUUGACUUUGUACCGCUUUUGGAGCUUUUGGGAAUGAAGCGUGUUUUUCAAAUAAACUUUACUAUUAUUAUUAUUAUUAAAUAUUUAAUCUGUUCUCUUGAAUAGAUGGCAAGUUGUCGACCAACAAAUAGAGACUGUUAAAAACUUCAAAAACAUCGUGAAUAACAUCAGGUCGCUCUUCAAAAUACCGAAUAAGGGAGUGAGGGAUCUGAGUUCAGAUCCUGAAACAGAUCGUAGGGGAGAAAGAAAUUCAGAAAACUUGCUAUUAUUAUUAGCCAUUAUGUAGACAGUUGUUUCAGUCAAAACUUCAAAAAAUAUUUGUUUUGGCUCUUUUCAUAAAUGCAACCAAUAAAAAUGAUUGCAUCCUCUUUUCAGAAAACAUGUACGCGCAUCCUGGCGUCGGCACCCUCUUAGUCAUCGUCACGAUGACAGCUCAAAUCCACUGUUAUCCAGAUGGACAAAAUGUUGACAGUGCUUGUGAUAAUCUUAAACCUGUUCAUGGAGGCACGGCCCCCCGAACAUCAGCUCCAGGCUACAAACUUACCUUCAGUCCUUCGACGUAUGCUCCUGGCAAGUCUGUUAAAGGUAAACUUGUUUAUUUUAUCCUCUUGCAUAUUCCACUAAUUAUUAAACUUGUUCACGGUGAUCUUUUGUCAUAUACUUUUAGCCGUCAAGUGACUUUUGGAGGCCAGCUGCCAUUUUUAAUUUUUUUUUGUCUCCUACAUUCAAAGUUGGACGUCACCAGCCCCACCCCCAAAUAAAAAAAAAAUAAAUAACAUCACAACUCCUUUGAUAUCCAAGAUCCCUUGCAGAGGCAGUUACAACAUAUCACAUAAAAUAGUGACAUAAAAAGGACAAGAAAAGUUAGUCUAAAACCAAUUCGCCAUCCUGCCAUGUCGUACACUGAAUAGAUAUUAUAGAAUUAUGAAAGGGGGGAAAAACUUGAAGUUUUAAGGUGUAAUUAAAAAUCCACUGGUUCCUUCCAUUAGUCUUUGGCAACCUACGUUGGUUCAGUCAUGUAAGCUUCGGUUCUGUAGGUGAAUGCCGGGAAAAGUAAGCGUAAUAUUUAAGGUAGUCUUUUUUAAAUGGAUUCGUAAGUAGUCAAGAGCAGUGAGACCAGAACCCGACAUUUGGAUGGUCAAGAGCAGUAACCAGGACCCAACAUGUGAGACCUGUACCCAAUAUAUGGUUGGUCAAGAGCGGUGACCAGGACACACAUACAACGACAACACAUAUGGACGUCAUUCCGAGUUGUCGGUAUUAGAAAUUGGCAGUUGGACAUAUUAAUCAUUGGGGAGUAUUUUGAUUUUCUUUAAAACAACACCUCACCAAGACUUGGGCUUAGACGUAACACCUCACCCAAACUCAGGCUUAUGACGUAGCACCUCACCAAGACUUGGGCUUAGACAUAAUACCUCACCCAGACUCAGACUUAUGACUUACACCUCACCCAGUCUCAGCCUUAUAACAUAACAACUCACCCAGACUCAGCCUCAUGACGUAACAUCUCACCCAGACUCAAGCUUAUGACGUAAAACCUCACCCAGACUCAGUCUUUGAAAUUACAGCAUAUGAUUGGAAGUACUAUAAAUUACGUCCAGCUUUACAUGGCUCUAGUAACACUUCAUACAAUUUCGAGAUCAUUUAGCAAUUUACCAUACAUUUUAUUCAUGGUUCAUUAAAUUUCAACAAAUACAAAGAAGUGAUGUUUUGGAACCUAAAAGCCUAGUCCAAAUUGAUUUUAAAAAAAUAACUUUCAUGUCCCUAGGAAGGAAUACUAUGUUCACUGUCCACUCUGUAUGUGCCUCUGUAUCUGCCUCUGUCAAUUCCUUAUCUGUCUUUGUCCACUCCGUAUCUGCCUUUGUCCACGUCAUAUCUGUCUCUGUCCACUCCAUAUCUGUCUCUGUCCACUCCGUAUCUGUCUCUGUCCACUCCAUAUAUGUCUCUGUCCACUCCGCAUCUGUCUCUGUCCACUCCGUAUCUGUCUCUGUCCACUCCGUAUCUGUCUCUGUCCACUCCGUAUAUGUCUCUGUCCACUCCGUAUCUGUCUCUGUCCACUCCGUAUUUGCUCAAAGAGGGCAUCAUCAGAUGUUUAUUUAAAAUAAUUUCUCAUGUUCAGACUCUUCAAACCAAAUGGUGAAUGUUGAAUGUUAGAUACAGUGUUACAAAAGCACAAAUUAUUUAAUAGUUGGACUUUGUUAGGGUAAACUUGUCAAGUCCUACCAAUGUAUUUGUUAGACUUUGUUAGGGUAAACUUUUCAAGUUCUACCAAUGUAUUUGUUAGACUUUGUUAGAGUUUAACUUGUCAAGUCCUACCAAUGUAUUUGUUAGACUUUUUUAGAGUUUAACUUGUCAAGUCCUACCAAUGUAUUUGUUUAACUUGUCAAGCUCUACCAAUGUAUUUCCUCCAGUGACAAUCAGCUCAUGCACCACAGCCGGCUACAAGGGGUUUAUGCUACAAGCCAGACGGGCUGAUCAGGGUCAAGAUCAAGCAGUUCGCAUUGGUAGCUUUACAACAGUCACAAAUACUAGACAAGCCUGCUCUAGUGUAAGCCAUUUAAACAUCAUUGCAUUAGUCCAAAACCAUAUGUUUUAACACCAAUGUAAGUAUUCUUCCUUUCUUACUAACAACGUGUGAGUGGGAGAUCAACAUUUAAUGUUGUAUCACAAUAAAGUCUGUGCGAAGGUGGCACUCGAAGGUGGCACUCGAAGGUGGCACUCGAAGGUGGCAUUCGAAGGUGGCACUCAAAGGUGGCACUUGAAGGUGGCACUCGAAGGUGGCACUCCCCCCAGUUGCCAACACGGGGGGGCCCCCCCCCCCGUUUCCAAAAGGGGGGGGGGGGGGGGCGCUCAUCAAACCUUCUUUUAGAUAGUAUCUUAAUAUUAAAUUAUAUUAUAAAAUCCCAUGUAAAUCGGAAAGAAAAAGGGGUGCCAAGUGAUUUUUUAACUGCCCCGCCCUAUAUAAGCCCUAGGCCUAUAUAUUAAGGUUUGGCAUUGCAAGCUUCACCCAGGGAGAUGCUUUUUCUAUGUGCGGCCUUGAUGACCAUGAAAAAUAGGUUCAGUGUAUCUGUAAUGAUUCAUCUUGUUUUGUAAAAGGUAAAAACAAAAUUUCGUCUGUCCUAUGUUGUAAAUUAUUCAAAUGAUCUCAAUAUGAAAGAGUUCUGUAAGCAUUUUAUAACACUAGACAGUCACCCUAUACCCUCUAGGCCAGUGUUUCUCAACAUGGGGACCCCACCCCACAGGGGGGGGGCAAUUUGAUUGUUAAGCUGUCUAGAAUUUGAAAACCAAGUCAACUAUGAUUUUACUUGCAUUUUAAAAGGAGAAUCGGUAGAGGCUCAAUAUUUUAAAAGGAGAAUCGGUACACUUUCAAUUUAAAAUAAGCAUUUGAAGUUUUGAAAACAAUUCAAAUUUUGAAUAUUUAAAAUUAUGUGAAUACUACAUAAGGGGCAUAUGAAUUUUAGAAAGGCUUAGAUGGGACAUGGCACAAAAUAGGCUGGGAAACACUACUCUAGGCCUACUUGAAAAUUUAUCACAUAAAAAUAUAAAACAUUUUAAACUGUAUUAAAAAAGUUAUGCCACAGUUAGAUAUUCUCUAUUUUAAUCCCAGUCUCAUUCAAGAUGUCUUUAAGUUAUCCUUAAAUUUUAAUUAAUUUCAGCAAGCUUUGGUCCAUUCCAGCAAAGACCCCAAAACAACCCAGACAUUCACCUGGAAUCCACCUGCUUCUGCAGCCGGUCAUCUUCAAUUCAGGUAAAAAAACAACAACUCAAUAAUUUUGCAUAUCAGAAAGAGAAACUUGAUUAAGGCGAAGCAUUAACCAUAAGUGAUGCUAUCAAAGAAAUGGAACAAUAAUUAUUAUAGUUAUUGUUUGAACAAGAUUCCGAUAAUUGUUUAGGCUUCAUAGUCAAAGUCUAAAAUAAAACUUAUUUAAAUUCUAUGUGUUGGCAGAGUUACAUUUGUACAGUCUGAAUUUACCUUCUGGACCAACAUUGUUUCGGAUGUAUUGUAUGAUGAAAGUUUGAAUGUGUCAACCACCACAAAUAACCUCUCUCCUGUGACAACACUUUCGGCUGCAUGUGAUUCAGGUAUGUAUUGUUUGCUCUAUUUAUCUUAAAUUGAAACCAAGGAAAUAAAUCUAUUUAAUAUAUUGUUGUCUGAUUUUUUUUAAAAACAAUUAGAGAGACCUGAACAACAACAGAUUUAAUCUGAACAAAAUGUUUGCAGGUUUCUUAAAUUCUAAAAAAAAAUAACAGACAAAAGCAGAUUUGAUCUGACCAAUCAUAAGCAAGACUCAAAGCAUAUUUUCAGCAAAAAAGUUGUUGUAUAUAAUGGUGUUCUAAAUUCUAAGCUUUAGCAUCAUGUGUAAUAGGUUGUUGGUCAUCAUGACAUCUUAUGUAUUUGAUUGAUGUUAUAUGUAUUUGGUUAGAGCAUAUCAUGAUGUUCUAUGUAUUUGGUUACUGAUUACAUCAUAUCUUGGCAUCCUAUGUAUUUGGUUACAUCAUAUCAUGGCAUCCCUUGUUUUCAGUUACAUCAUAUCAUGAUAUUUUAUGUAUUUGGUUACAGCAUAUCACAGCAUCCUGUGUAUUAGUUUGUUUCAUAUCAUGCCAUCCUAUGCAUUAAGUUUAUGCAGAUUUUUCUUUUUUAUCUAUGUCAUAAUUACUGAAUUAAUUCUUAUACAUUUUAGAAAAUAUUAUUGUAGGAAUUAUGGUACUGUAGUGUGCGCUUAUUUGACAACUAUUUUGUCUUUGUUUUUUUCUUUCGUAAUUAUAGAGCAUAAUCCUUCCAUAAUUAUUUUGGCAAUAAAUUGCUAGAGCCAGGUGCCCUAUUUUUUUCUGAAAAUCAUCACAAAUAUCUUAAGUCCAGUAGAUAAUUAUUUUUUUUUUAAACAAAAAUUUGCUAAAAAAAUUUGCUAAGUAUUCUAAACCAGUUAUAUUGACUCCAUAUUGCUUCAGUUAUAUAUGCUUCUGUUAUAUAGGAAUUUCAAUUUAAUUUAGUUUGGAUGUGUCCCUAAAGUUGCUAAUUUUGUGGAAGGCUGGGUGCAGAAAAAACUUUAGUAAGAUACCUCCAUUGUGGCUUUUGGAUUAUGUUCAGCUUAUAAAAGGCAAUAAAUUAAACUUCAAUUCAAUUUGAUAUUUCUGUGAAGACAUUUCAUUGGAGAACUCCCAUGCCUCAUAAUGAGAUUAGUAGUAGGAGGAAGUCAUUUUGACAUCCCUCAAUUUGUGAACUUGAUUGCAAGUAACUUACUUUUGAAAUAUGGUUUAUAGUUAUUGGAUUUGCUAUGAUUAUUUUAUUUAUUUUGGUUACUGGAUUUCAAUAUUGUUGGGUUUCUGAGUUUAUAAUUCUUAUUUGAAAUACAUUUUUUUAUAAAUUAGCAUAUCAGACUUCCCAGGAUUAUUUAAUGCAGUGGUUCUCAACUGUGACCCUUUAAUACAGUUCCUUAUGUUGUGGUGACUCCCAACCAUAAAAUUAUUUUCAUUGCAACUACAUAAAUUUGUGUUUUCCAAUGGUCUCAGGCGAUCCCUGUGUAAGGGACAUUCAGCCCAAAGGUUGAGAGUUGCUGAUCUAAUGUAAACAAAUAUUUGAUACAACCUUUCUCCUUUGAACUGGGAUGAUUAAUGUUAACAAUAAUAAACAGCAAUACUUCUUCCCAUGACAGUGACAACAACAACUACAACAACAACAAAGGCAAUUGUUGUAACUGUGUCAACUGAUUUUCCCACAGUAACAACAAAAUCUUCUGCAUCAGCUUUAACAACUUCAUCAACCAGUUCAAAAACAUCCACAAAAUCUGCCAUCAUGACAUUUGAGAUGGAUUCCUCCACACCAUCUGAGACAUCUUUCAACAAAAGCCCCUCAACUUGCCAUGAAAUGACAUCUAUUAUAAUUUGGUGCUUGUGCUUGGUCUUUGUGAUUUAUUUAUUUUAGAAAGUGGAAACAUGAAGAACAUUAUAAUAUUAAAAUCAAUCUAAAUCACAUAAUUACCUAAAUAUAUAUUUUGGAAUAUAGUAAAUUUUUAAAACACUUGGGUGAGAAAAUUAUGCAGAUUUUUAUAUCUAAAAUAUUGAGUUUGAUUCUUCUAUAUACAGGGUCCAUAUAUAAAUGCAAACAUAUUUUUUUAAGGAGAGUUUUUUUUAAAAUGAAUUUAAAUGUUAUUAAAACUGAAACAAUAAACAUUUGUUUCCCCUUCUUAUCACUGACAUCACGUAUCUUAAACAUUAUCUCCACUGGGAUAUUUGUAUCCUUUUCUGUCUGAAUAAUCCUAUAAAGCAGAAAUGUAUUAAUAAUAUGCUUCCGAUUUCUAGUUUGAUUUGCUAAAAUUUCAUUCAGUUUUAACCUAAUUAGUCUUUAUUUUAUUCUAAAAAUAAUUGGCUAAUUUUUUACUUUUUUUUUACUUUGAAAAUGAAGAUCUUCAUAAAAAAAACCAUAUCGUAUGCAUUUGUGACAUCUGGGUGUCUUUCACAUAACCUUGUUAAUGAGGUUAAUUCUGUUUUAUACUUUACACACUUUUGAACAACCAGCAGAUGUAUUCUUCAUAUCAUUUAUACUUAUGAAGCUCUGGUCAUCAUCGUAUAAUAGUCUUACAUAAUAGAAUAAAGCCAAAAAUAAAAUAUCAAAUAAUCAGCCCUUCUCCACAAAUAUAAAUUACUUAAAUUAUUUUUUUAAUGAUUGCAGGCCAACAGCAUAUUUUAAAGAGUAAGAAAGUGUUAAGCAAUUUGUGUGAAAUAUUUUUGAGGUUUGGCUCUGCAUAAAAAUGCUUACCUGGAUAAAUUUCAAAUGUUAAAAUAAGACAUGCACCUAUCAGCUGUAUAUUUUUUUAUUGGUUUCUAUUUUAAAAUUGCAGCAUAAAACUGUGUAUGUUUAUCUCCAUAUACAAAGGACUUUUCUAAAGAAGUUUAUCAAUGCACUUAAAACAUGUAGGGCCUAUUAGCUUCUUUUCAGGAAAGGAUCCGUCCAUAAAGUACAUCACGCUAUUUUUGACCUUUUACCCCCCCCCCCCCCCCCCUGCCACAAACUGUCAAAAAUCUCGGGAACCCCCCCCCCCCCCCAAAGUAUGUCACACUUUUGAACAAAUUUAAAAAAAAAAUUAACACCUAAUUAAAAUUUAAUUUAAAGCACAUUUCACUAUUAAAGUUUAUUAAAAUAUAAAAAUGUCCACUUAAAAGAACUAUCACAUUAUUAAAAUGACUUUAAUAAUAGAAUAGUUAAUUGUCAACAGUUGUCACAGUUAUUCAAUGAAGCAGUAACUCAAUCUAGAUUGAAUUUGAAAACAAAAAUUGCAAAAAUUAGACUAGACCAUUAUAUAAUACACAUCAUUUAUCUGCUGCUUUUUCAUUUACAAUAGGUGAGGUAAAGUUUUAGAUAAUCUUCCAAUUAGGCAAUCUUUUUACACAGGAUUAGAAGUAGAUUAGCGAAACUUGACCUCACCUAGUGAUAUAAAGGACAGUGACAUAAUUAUGCAGCGGACAACAUAGAAAUAAUAAUACUUCAGGCAUGACGAAAGCAAGGCUAUACAUAAAACAAGGCUUCGCAACAGCAUUCUAGCGCUUCUAGCAAGAGGAAUCGUGAACUACACAUUCAGGAGAUAUGCAUGUCAUGCUAUUUUGACAUAAAACUAAUUCGAAUGUUUCACAAAAUUUAAAAAAAUUAUUUUUAAAGAUGUGAAAUUCUAUUAAAAAAAUAAAAAUAAAUUUAAAAUGAAAUUUAAAAAAAAUUAAUGUUUGAGUCACACAUGGCCUGACCCCCCUCCCCAUGUCACAAACUGUCACACUUUCUUACACCCCCUCCCCCCCUCUGGAGCGUGACGUACUUUAUGGAUGGCCCCAAAAGGAAAAGUUAAAUUAUUGUCUACUUUACUGACUAAUCCGUCCACACGGCUGCUAUCCAUGUUUUCCAUUUAUCUAUCAAACACUCACAAAUUAUUUGUAUUCAAGAAAACUAUUUUUUAAAAUUAUUAACUUGUUAUAUUUAUGAAAAUAUUUAACUUUUAAAUCUCAACAUUGUAUAUUGAUAUUUUUAAAUGUCAAUAUUUCAUCAUCUAUUCCACUGUAGCUUAAAAUCAGAUAAGUAGACAUCCCUUAUAUUUUUCAACACAUGUAGUAUAUAAAUAUAUACAUUUUAUUUUGUAUCAUGAAGAAUCAAUCUUAGAGAAUAGAAAUAACAUAAUGUCAGCUUAAUAAACUUUUCCUACAUUCAAAAAGUUUUUAUUUUCAUUGUAAACCUUAUUUGAUAAAUAAUUUGUAUAAUUUAUAGAGACAGUUUAACAAAAUUUGACUGUUAGGGUAGACUCCUGAUGCCACAAAUAAAUGUUUCAUAAAUGAUACAGAUUUUAUUUAAAAAAUGACAUUUUAUUGUGUCUGUUUUAUUGAGGAAUAAUAACAAACUUGAAGGUUAAUUUAUUUAUUUCAAAUUAUAGAGAAAGUUGAUUCAGAUCAUGAAUAUUCAUUACUAAAUCCUUCAAAUGGUGACAUGUUGGUCAAAGGGUGAAAUGUUGAUCAGAAGGUGACACGUUGGUCAAAGAUUAAAAAAAUAAAAUUGUAAAGGAUGGACCAAUAUUUAAACUAGAAGAAAAAUAACAAAAUCUUAUAAAAUCAAAUUUUUUAUUAAUUGCUUAUCUUGCAUACUAUCAACUGAACAAAAUUUAAUAACAUGAGACUUAUAUAAAUAACAAUAAGAUAUUUUAAAAAUUUCUAGAAUAUUUGUCUCAACUUGUACAACUAAGUACAGAGAAGCGUUUCCUCCAUCUCCAGAGCCAGCUUUGGUAUAAGCAAAGCUGACAACUGCCUGGAGCACAAAAUUCUAUUCUACAAAUCAAAAUAUCUUUUAAAUACUUUAUGCCUUUUUCAGUCAAUGUGGCUGUAGGGUUAACAGCUUUUUGAUAGAAAUAGUUUGACAUCACACAAAAACUUUGUUUAAAAAUUGUAACUGUUUGAAAAUAUUAGCAGCUUUUAUUAUAUUACAGAUUUUUAGAGAGAUUGUGCCGCCGAUUGUAUAGUUUUUUCUUUUUUAGAUAUUUAGUUUGAAUUAAUUUUUUUUAAAAAUUAAAGGUUAUUUCAGUUGUAAAUUAUUUUAAAAACAUUAAAUUGUUUUGUUCCUAAUUAUUUUUUUAUUUUUAUGAUUUGGAAAAGUUAGGGUAAAUUAUUACAUACAUAGAGGUACAAAUUAGAAAGUGUGAGUGUAUGGGGAUGUGGGUGGGAAGAGUGAUAGAUAGAGAGUAAGAGAGAGCUCGAGCUUAUUUGUUUUCUUGUGGUUAAUACAGUAUGAUUUAAAAAUGACAAAUUUUUAAUGCAAUUUUUUAAAGAAUUUUUUCCAUCUCAAUUUUUUUAAAGUAUUCAUAUUUUCUUUGAACAUUUAUAUGCUAUACUAAAUGAUGCAUACUAUACUUUUUUGUUCUAUUGCAUUCAUUCAUUUAAGUUUAAUUUAAGAUACACUUUAAUUUGUUUAAUAAAUAUACAUUGAUAACUAUUUAUUGAAACUAUUUUUAUAAUAAAUAUUCUUUAAAUAAACCAAGAAAUAAAUAAAGGAAACUUGUUAGAAUGUUAUCAGUUCUUUACUUGGUUUUUGUAGCAGAAUAGGUCAUUGCUAGCGUUUAAGUAGGGUAAGAAAACUUCAGGCUGAGAGCCUGUUUAAGACACAAACUUUUAGCCAUCUCAGUAUUAGUUUGAUCACAUUGUAAGGUUUCAACUUCCUGAUGAUGUGAGAUUCAAUCCUGUUUUAAGGCAAGUUAGUCUCUUUUGUGCAAGUUAGAACUCAAAUGAUUCUGGUUUUAAGAAUGUUUGUAGAAAUCAUUUCAUAAUAUUUUUUAAAGAUUUGAUUGGUAUGGCUUAAGCACUUGAGCCAAAUGCUCAAUAAUCACUGACUUCUCCUCUGACAACUCCAUGAGCUGUUACAUCCGGAGCAGUUACAUCCGGAACAAUGAUACAUGCUUCACACUCCCCCUACUUGUAACACAGUUCAAGAUAAACAAUCGUUCUUCUACGAACAAUAAUUGCUAGGAACCAACUGGAUAAUGCCGCCAUGGUCUCGACAUAAAUCGAGAGUUUCAAGGCUGCCCUGGCACCCACUAGGAGCGGUUAAGAUAGCCGCAUCAUUUCCCAAACCAUUGCACAUAUGCCAUUACUUGGUUGCCGCAACACAGUCUAUCAGAAUCAGAACAGCUGAAUAGGUUCCUUAUCUGUAAUCAUUAACGAGUAGCCUAUACCGGUUUUACACAUUGCAUUUUAAGAUGAAAUUUUUUAUUUUUGUAAUAUCUUCUAGGUAAAAAAAACAAAAACCCUAAACAACUUAAGUUAGUUCAUCUCUAGAGCCAAAGAAUAACUUUAUAAAUUCAUAAAUACUUACUACAAAGUGUGCACACACAAAGUCAAAGUCAUCAACUAACUUUGAAUGCAAGUUCAAUAAAUCUGAAAUAAUUAUCCUUUUAUAAUAUCUAAAACCAUAUACUUUUUCUUCAAAAUAUUAAUUUUAAUCACUGUCCUGCAAAAACUCUUUGAAAUAUGAAAUCAAUGUUUAAAAAUUCAUCCAAGUAUAAGUUUUCACUUUGAAAAAAAGCACAAAUUAACUUUUUGACUUUUAUUAUACUAUCCAUUUGUUACCUAUUAGUAUCUUUCAAUUCUUUUAGGAACUCCUCAGACUGCAGCUGAUACAGCUAUGUCAGUUACUAAAGACUCGGAAUGUGGAAAAACAAAGGGUUGCUUCUCAUCUUGCGAAAACACUGACUGCAGUUUUAGUGUUUCAUGGCAAGUAGUGAGCAAUAACACUGGUGUCUACACCUUGACCACUGUAAUUGAUUCUUACAGCUAUGCCACUCUUGGAUUUUCAAGUGACAAUUCAAUGGUAAGAAUUAAUUUUGAUAAUAUUUUGCUAGCGUUGGUGUUCUAAUAGUUGGUGUGCCUGGUUGUAAGUACAUAGGGUGACAGUGCUAUAGUAUGCCCUUGUCAACGUUGCUAGAAGAGUCUUGACUAGAGAAAAAGAGUAUUUUGACAUUGAGCAAAUGUAUUCUGGUAAAAUUUUUCUACAUGAUCUUUAGAAAAUCAUAAUAAUAUCAUUAAAAAAUAUUCUAACAUUUAAUAGCAAGCUCUUAAAUUGUGGAUUGCGAUCUCCAUAUACACCUUGUUAUUUAGUACAUUUUUUGUGUUACCCCUUCUUUAAACAAACAUAUUAAUGUUUUAUCUCUCAAAGGGAUCAGAUGAUGUGAUGGGCUGUGCUGUGGGAACUAAUAAUACAGUUAUAAUCACUGCACUGAAUAAUGGUAAAAAUCCUUCACCAUACACUGACAGUGUGAGUUUCAAUUUUAACUAUGAUUAGUUCUCAUUAUUAAUCCAGUUGCACCAUUGUCCUCAUUCUUUAAAAUGAUUUAACUACCACUUUCAACAUUUUUAAACUCUAACUAUAUCCAUUUUAAAUACAUUUUAUUAACAGAGAAAGAAAACUACUGCCGCUGCAUUUAAAAAAAACCUGAUUUUGAUAGGAACAAAAAAUGAUUUCAAUGGUUUUCAUUUUUAUUCAAACUUAUUUCUAUUUUGUAGUUUUUAUAAAUAGAAGAAGUAUUUUUAGUCAUCAAAUCAGAUUAAAAAUAAAGAACAUUAUACUUAUAGCAUGGAAAGUAACUUAUUAUACUGUUUGUCUGGGAUAUGUCAGUCUUUUGUCCAAAUUUUUUACAAUGUAUAAAUUACUCAUAUCUAUAGAAUUUAAAUUUAAAGAAAUCAAUCUCUACCUCAAUUUAAAAAAUAUUUAGGAGUCCAGAAGAAAGUUUAACCCACAAUUAUUUUUUUUUACAUUUAGCAAAUUAUUAUGACAAGUGGCAAAUAUGAAGAUGGUGUGCUGACGUGUGUAAUAACAAGACCUCUUACAGCAGGAGCAAAGCGUUACAAUAUAAAAAAUGCAUGGACACUAUUCUUUGUGAGGGGCCCAGCAACCAUUAGUAAGAAAAAAUCUUUAAAAUAUUAUUAAUUAGAAGUCUUAAACUAACUUGGUACAGAUAAAAUCUUUUUAAAGUGUCAUGUAAAACAUAUUUAAAUAACAACUUAAAUCCAAAAGGUUGUUAUUGUUCGUUCAGUGUAAAUUUGUAAUUAAUUUCUUUUUCUCCAGCUAAUGGAGCAGUUGAUAUGCAGUACCACGGUGAGGACUACUACAUUUCUGAGCUUGCUGUGACUGUGUAUUCAUUAGUGGAUAUGGCACCUAUAGCAAUGGCAGAACCACUGGUGAAAGCUCAUGGUAACCUAAAAACUUAUAAGUUUGGUUUUAGUUAAUUCAAGACUGCUGUUUUACAACUAUAAAAAGUUUUGGACUGCAAUAUCGCUUUAAAAUAGAUUAAUAAGACACAAUCAAAUUGUGUCAAUAUAACAAUAUAAAUUGCGUUUUAAUAAUAAUUACACACAAGUAAACGUUUUGGCACAUGCCUUCAUCAGUACAAACAAAAAAAAAACAUUUAAAUAAGUAUAAAUUAAAUUUACAUAAUAUAAUUGAUUUGAACAUAAUUUUAAAAACCAAACAGGAAAAAGACAUGGCAGCUAGGUAAAAUUGUGGAUUUGGUUCAUUCGAUAUGGAGACAACGUACCAAAUGUUAUUAAUUUGUUCUCCAUAUAGAUUCUAUCUGUAGUGUUACUAGUAUACUCUAUACUGUGUUUUUUGUUUGUACUGAUGAAGGCAUGUGCCGAAACGUUUACUUUUGUAUAACGUAUAAUUAUUAUUAAAGCGUAACUUAUAUUGUUAUAUUGACACAAUUUGUUUGUGUCUUAUUAAUCUAUUGUACAGCUGUAGCCUGCAUUUUGCAAUGUUUUUAAAAUGCAAACAUUUCUUGAAAGAGUAGGGUAACUUCCUUUAAUGAAUCAAGCAAGAAUGAUUGAUGCCAAAUGAUUGAUCCAAGAUUGUAUCAUUUUAUUAAGUUACUAGACAGAUCAUCAUUCAUUCUUUCACUUUUAACUUCAGCUGAGCUAAGUGUGUCAUUUUUGUUUGAAAGUUGUUCAUCAUUUUUAACUGAUUUGUUGGGUUAAAGAGAUGCAAGUUUGGGUUUUUAGUCAAGCUCUGUCUUUCCUCUCUGGUGAGAAGACAUACAAUUUACUGUCAUUGACAUCCAUAAAAUUCACCUUGAUUGACUGGCAUAGCUCAGUGGUCUCAAAUAAAUACUGUGCACUUUUCUAUAUUAUUCUCAUCGCAGUGAGUGGAUAUGCUGAUGAAAAAUUAUAAAUUGAAAAAAAAUCCCACAAAAUUGACAUAUCCUUUAAGUUUUCUUAACUUCUGUGCUUCACAUGCAUUCUGUCUUUAAUCUUCAAGUCCUUGUCAUGUUUUCUGUCUUUUAUUGUUCUAUGAUGUAAACAUAUCUAUUGAUACAUGCUUCAUUUUUGUUUGUUAUCGUUACUAGCCUUUCAAAAUAUCUCUCACAAACCGUUUCCAUCCUUAGGUUGCCUAAUGGUAGCAGCGUGGAUUUUCCUGGCCAGUAUUGGCAUUAUAAUGGCCAGACAUUACAAACCUGUGUGGACAGAGACAAUGUGCUCUCAGAAAGUUUGGUUUCAAGUGAGUGACACCACAGCUAGUCGUAAAUAAUCUCAUUCAGUUGGUGCUCAUUAUCACUGGUAUGUAAAGGAGGGGACAGCACUUUCUCUCUCCCUAUAUCGAGGGGCUUAAUUUCAGCCAACUGCAGAGUAUUCUGGGGUGGAGCUGGCACUAUCCCUAGCUAUAGCACUGGUCAUUAUUUACUCUUUUUAUAAAAGGAUCAUUCAGGUAACGUCUAUUCACCUGUUCUAGCUUACAGAAAAUAUGCUAAAAAUGAUUUUAGUAGCUUAAUUGGUCUUAAUUUCAAUUUAUAUUUUGUUACCAAUAUAAAAAAGACAGAAUAAAAUGUGAAGGUUGCCUGGUCCAGGAGCGUCUACAGGGGGGAAGGUUCCUGUAUAUUUUUCUAUAAAAAAGGCACUGCUUCAAAGUGAUGUCCAUGAUUACAAAUCUUGGCUUAACUGCUUUUUAGGCCAGAGGUUGUAAAACAUUUUUAAAAAGUUGGGAGCCAUUUUUAUAAAAUAUAUAUGUUAAGAAAUUAUUUUGGGAGCAGCAGACAUUAUAAAUUAGUAUUAAUAAAAAUGAGCUGCAUCUCUUAUUUCAAAGAGCUACCAGUUGUUCCAGUGCCAUUUAGGUGGACCAAAGGCUCAACUUAAAUCAUUUGGGACUAAUGUUAUUUCUGCUCACCAUUUUGAGUUUCUGUGUAGGAUUAUCUCCCUUUUGAUUAUAAUUGGUUUGUUACUAGAUUUAACUCUUCUUUUUUUGUAAAUAUUAAUAGGCCUGGAAUGUUGUAAAUUAAAAAUUUAUCAUGUGGUUAAUUAUAAUAUUAAAAACGAGAUAAAAAAACGAGACUUAUUUUCUCCGGCAUCAUGGAAUAUUGAGUUUUCUGACAACAUUUUGUUUUCAUUUUUGGUGGAACCUGCUGUAAAGUGUGUAAAAGUGACUUCUGUGAAACUCUAAGUUGGGUCUCAUUGUUUAAAAAAAAUGUAUUAAGUUUUCCUUCAUUUUCACACUUUUCUCACCACAGUUUGUUAUUGUAGCACACAUGUUUUAGAAGUGGGAAUGGAGUGACUGCAUGUCAUUGAGACUUCUUGCUAUAUAUCUAGAGGGAUACAAUCAAAGUUGUUAUGUUCACCACAAAGUUAAUGUACCGGCUGUAAUCACGCCAGGCAAGGGUGUGACUAAUAUAUUUUACAUAUUUGUUCCCUUUUUCUUUUCUCUCAGUAUGGAGCUAAAGCAGCAUAUGCUCUCUUUUCCCUGCCCAUUUUAGUAGAUGUGUGCUGGCACUACUUUUUUUUUUUUUUUACAUUGCCAACAUCUUGGUUGCCAUGAUAUGUCCGAACUUUUACCAAACUUUUUAAAAAGUAAAAAUAUAGGCCAAUGUUGACUAAUCCAAAAUAUUUAUCUACAGGUGCACAGAAUAACAAUGGUUCUUGUGCUGCUAGUUACAGCUGCAGGAUUUAUCAUUAUUUUUGUGAAUGAAAAAGGAGAAUGGAGUGUUGUAAGCUAUUAGACAUUUUUUAUUUUAGGGAAAGAGUACUUUUUAAUAUAUGAAGGAUAAUAAGGGGGGAAGAGACUGCAAUCAGGUUAGGUAAAAGUAAAUGAGCCAAACAACGUUAGUAAAAACCUGAAAAAAAGGACCCAACCAAACAACGAACGUGUCAGCAAGAAGCCUUCUUCAGUGAACAAACAGUAGUAAAAACAAAAUAGAUGUUUUUAUUGUUGUUUUUUCACUGAAGAAGUCCUUGCCAACGCAUUUAUUUUUUCGUUGCAACAUUUUUUUCAAGUUUUCCCAUACUUUGUGUCCCUCAUUUCCUUUUAAAUAUUGACAUAUUUUUCAAAGAGGAUAUUUUCAAUGUGACUAGUCAAAAUUUGCAAAUAUAAGGGGUGUCUAAAAUUUUUUAAACUCUUUAUAAUUUAUUUUGAAACUUGUGAAAUUUUUUUAUGGGGUAGUCAUGGGGUAUUCAUAAACAUAAGAGAUGCUUCUUACAUUUUACCGAUUACCACCAAAAAUACCCUAAAAGCUUAAAAUAAAUUUCCUGUCACUUCUUUAUUAUUAUGUACCACUUUCAUGUUUGAAUUCAUAUUAAAUUAUUUUACUAACCAGAUAUGUCUACAAAUUUCAGAUUGAAGAUGAGGAUAAAUAUUUGUCAGGUCAUCCCAUUAUGGGCGUUAUUGUUAUGAUUCUAACAAUUCUAAAUGUAAGUGUGUCUUGUUACAAGGACAGUUAUUGUUGUGAAUUCUUUGACAAAAUUGAAACAAAAAAAGAAUUACAUGAACAUUAAUUCAUCAAUCACUUUAAAUAAUUACAUACUAUAAAAGAUUUGUUCCCAGACUGUGUUAAUUUUUUAGAAUUAAAAUAAAAAUAAGUUUCAUUCUGGAAUACUGUAAUUUAUACUGAUUGAUGUUAUUCCAUUUAUUUCAGCCUAUUAUGGCUCUCUUCCGCCCAAAACCAGGAACAUCGAAACGGGUCAUUUUUAACUGGGCUCACAUGCUGGCUGGCUUAGCUACACACAUGUUGGGAGGUAAACCAGCUUGUUUAACAUUGGUCUAGUGUUUUCUAAUGUCUAGUAUUCAUUGAUUGUUCAUCUAUUUUAAAAUAAUAAAAAGUAAAAAUGCACAAACAGUGCUCUCUUCCCCCUCCCUUUGCCCCAAGACGAUGCACUGUGGAUUUUGUAAACAAGUGUUACUUAUGAUAUAGUUUAGUUUUUAGUACAUCCUUUAUUGUUCUUUUUAAAAUAUUAAAUAAAUGAAAUAAUUGACUGCCGAUGAUCGGUAUUUAAAAAAGCCAAACAUUUAAAAGUCGUUAGCCCAGAAAAAGAGUUGUAUCAAUCAUUGCUAAUUUUAUCACUUUACUCAUCAGAAUCAUUCUAAUCAUUCAUUUUUGAUAAAGACAAAUAAAUAUAUGUGUCGAAUUUUGUGAAAACUAUCCUUGAUUAUAUCAACAUAAUUAUUAGGGGGCUUGUUUUAUUUCUAAAAUUGAAACUUUGACUCUGGUAUUAUGUCCUCAUCAGUUGCUACCAUUUUCUUUGGGGUCAGACUUCAAAGUUCUGCUACUCCUUAUUAUGCCAUCUACAUAUUAGCUGCUUAUGUAGCAUGGCAGUUAUUUGUGGAGUUACUUCUGGGAUUGAUAAAUUACUGUGGCAAAAAGAAAGGUAAGAAUGAAUCUAAUUGUAACUUGAUUUAUUUAGAAGAUAUGUAGGCCUAUAAAUAUAAUUGUGACUGGAUUUUUUUAGUGAAUAUGUAUAAAUCUAAUAGUGACUAGAUGUGGUUACUAGAUAUUUGUAUAAAUCUUAUUGUGACUAGAUGUAUAUAGUAGACAUCAUGUAUCUUGCAGAGUUUCUCCUUGGUGAUAUAGUAUGAACAUCACAGUUUUGAUUCUUUAAAAGUCUGUGACUGAUAGUGUUUAGCACUUCUGCUUUUGAAGAGAUAAAUUAUUGAGCUAACAAAGUCAGCAUUUCUGUGCCGGCAUCAUCACAAUUUCAACACGUUAUGGAUCAGAUACCUCCAUUGAACCAAAAAUCAUCUUUCAAGAUAACAGCAGUUUUAACUUACAUCUGCAUUAGAGUGCUUAAAAUACAAAAUAAGAUAAGCAAAAAUCAAACCAUAAGAUCAGUAAGAUAGGUCUUAUAAUAUAGCAUAAAGAGAAAAAUGCAGCUAUGAUAUUAAAAAAGAUAUUUUACUUAAAUCAAAAGGGGCAAAGGUCACAAGAGGAAAACAAAGUGUCAUGUGUUUGAACCAUAUUUGAUUCCUGAUUAAAAUAACCUUUUGUAAACAUUUCCUUUAUGUAUUGUUUAUGUAUUUUUUAAGUUUUUGAUAUUUCAUUCUGAAUCUUUAUGAUAUGAAACAAGUGUCACACCCUCAAUAAAAGUGUACAAAGUAAUUGAAUUGACACAAAAAUCAAAUAAUCAUUUUUAAUGCCUAUUGUCCCCUGGACUCUGACUUUGACAGAAUUUUGAACAGAAAAACUUUACAAUCUGGAUGGCAUCAGAAAUGUCAGUCAGAUUCAGGCUGAAAUCUUUCAUGAGAAACCUGUCACCAGACUAUGUUCAAGGCUACUAGCAUGUUAUUAAUGGAGGCCAAGUCAUGAAGGACAUUGUGGCAGCCUAAGGAUCUGGACUUAGGUAUGACUGAAGUUAAUGUGGAGGGUUUAAUAGAAGGGGAUGAAAUACAGUUGACUAUUGAAGAACUAAAGAAGCUUCAUAAACAUCAGCCUGGAGAAAUGAAAAAAAAAGGUGUCCUGAGAGGAGAAGGAAAACAUGACAGAAGCUCAACAGUUAACAUCAAGGAGAUUCCUUAGGACUGGAAGAAACUUCACAGCACUCUGUUGGAAUGUGACUCCGGAACAGCUGAAGUGAAAAAAAUAGAUGACCUUAACAAUGACACUGUGCUUCACUACUUCAGCAUCCGCAUGAAAAUGUGAGAAAAACAACAAUUAAUCCUGAAUAGAUUGUCUGAGAAAAUAGAAGAGCAAGGCAUGUGGAUGCUUGAAAUAGAAAGACAGGAUGUAAAAAAAGAACGUUCCAGCUAAGAGCCUUCCUCAGCAGAUAGGACAAAUGAAAAAAAUAGCAAGAAAUAGAAAGUAGUUAAACUUAAGUGGUUGCCAUUGAUGUUAAUGCAAGAAGAUUAUUUGAGGCAUUUUAAAUGGUCUCCAUCAUUGUGAAGGCUCUGGAAGCAAAAACUUCAUGUCCCAAUAUAACUAACAUUGGUCUCACAAAAAAAAAUGUUUGAUUAUUUAUUUCAAAAUUAAUACAUUGAUUUGUUUCCCAGAAUAAUUAUUCUUUGUGGAGCAAAGUAUCAAUAAGUCUUGACAUUCCAAAAUCGAUGUAUAAAAAUCAAAGAGAUAAUCGGCUAUGAUGUCACACCAAUUAAACCACGUAACUUGAUUCAAUAUGACCAGUUUUAUUAAUGAAGAUUUCAUUUGAGUUGAUUUCCUCAUUUCAGAAGAAAAGGAAGUUUAUGAGAUGAAUAAUAAACCCACUGAGCCACAAAAAGACACAGUGGAGAGUCAUAAGGUAUUUACCACACAAAAAGAAAUUAAUAUUGAUUGCCCUAUGUGCAAAAUAGCUGCAUUAUGCAUGUUUAAGUACAUUUAAAUUGAUGUAAAGAUUUUGUUUUUUUAUGUCUUAAUAAUUUUUUUUUAAUGGUUUAAAAUUUUCUUAUUCAUUUUCAGAUAUCAACUAUCAAAAAGAUAAUUUUGUUAGCUCACUGUGUUAUUGUUGCUGGACUGGCUGCAGCAGUGAUUGGUGUCAUAAGUGUUGGAUUUGUAGGUGGUGAUUAGUGCUAAAGAUUAAUGUCAUAAGUGUUGGAUUUGUAGGUGGUGAUUAGUGCUAAAGAUUAAUGUCAUAAGUGUUGGAUUUGUAGGUGGUGAUUAGUGCUAAAGAUUAAUGUCAUAAGUGUUGGAUUUGAAGUUGGUGGUUCUAACUAAAAGUGAUUGUCAUUUUGACUUAAUCAUAAGAGUAAUGAGUUAGUUUGAGCAUUAUCGUUUUUUGUGUUGUUUAUACCUGUACCUGUUAUUAGUUGAGUUUAUCAGAGAAAAACAGCGUCCUGUGUUCAGUUGCC